GAGAGGCUGUAAUUUGAGAGUAGCAGAGAGGUAUUAUUAGCCAAAAACCGAAGCGCGGCACUUGAGACAUCCAGAUGUUGCGUUUGAGGCACCAAGUGAAGUCGGGAGUACAACUGUUUCCACGCUGAAACAAACUUUAACACAUUGCUUUUCCUGUUCACCAGCAGUAAUGGAAACUGACAGGCUCGAUUAAAAGGAAGAGAAGUGAGGCUGUUAUAACAUUUCCACGCCAUUUUUACCUGUUUGGACAAAAGGACAACAACAAAGCCUGAAUUUAACUGCGCAGCUUGGACGUUUAAACCUGAUUGAAAUGUUUGUGUUUCUACGCCGGGUUGGAGUUAAAUAGUCCACCAAGCUGACACUGUCGCUAAAAUAACGUUUCAAACUUUAACAUUUAAUAUCUGUCAGCGUGUUUGGGACAAGUGGGCAUCAUGGUUUUUCUUCACUUGCUCCUGUGUGCCGGGGUGUUAUCACUGCCUAUGUGUGGAGCCUUUUUCACCGGACCGUUACAACCGGAGAUGUCUAACGGCACUUUUCAUCAUUAUUUCGUGCCGGACGGAGACUACGAGGACAACGACGACCCGGAGAAAUGUCAGAUGCUUUUCAAAAUGACCGACGAGCGAAAGUGCGGUCUCGACGAGGACCAGGACGCCGUCAUACGGGAUGAUUUCACUAUCAUCAAGAGGCAGAUUGAGGACUCGGCCAGGGUGCUGGAGGGGAUCGGCAAAAGCAUCACGUACGACCUGGACGGAGAGGACAGCUACGGGAAAUACCUGCGGAGGGAGACGGCUCAGAUAAGCGAGGCGUUUACAAACUCGGAGAAAUCUCUGCUGGAGCUGGAGGUGAAAUUCAAGCAGAGCCAGGAGAGUGAGCUAAAGGAGGAGCACCGGCUCAACGAAGACUUUCUGAACAUGAUUGUGCACACACGGGACGUCCUGAAGGACACGGUGGACAUUUCUCUGGGACUGAAGGACAAGCACGAGCUCCUGUCUCUGAUCAUCCGCAGCCACGGCACGAGGCUGAGCAGACUGAAGAACGAAUACAUGAAGUUCUGAGAGAAAGUAGUUCCUACACGUCUCAUUAUAGUACUAUUUUUUAUUUUCGUUAUGGUGGAGUGUGUGACCAUGAGGCAGAGGCAGGAAUUAAGCAAUUUGAGCAGUCAUAUCAGGGAUACAAACUAAACUUAACGGGCCAGUUCAACUAAAUAAAAAAUAAAAAAAAUA